UUUGACAUCGAUAAAUGCGUGAGAGUGCUCGCGAAGUGCGGAUCAGGCUGUCGCUCGCUCGUCGGCUUGUUGUAGUCGUCGUCGUCGUCGGGGGCUCGUGGGCUCGUCGUCGUCGGUCAGUUCGAGCCUCCUUUUCUUUGUCCUGACUAGACCCCCACUUUGUACCCGCGAAAACCUGUGCAGUAGUAGUGUUAGGCAGUGCCGAUCCACAGUGACCGUCUUUCUUUACGACGUCGCUCAGCUGCACCUACUUUCGUGUGUGAGCGAACGUAUCCGGCGUGCCAAAUGUCACUAGGUGGACGAUAGGGUCGAAAUAUACUCGAUCCUCGACGUUAUACAUAUACAUGCGUUUACUGUGCAUGUAUACAACGAAGAGGUACCACUCACAUUAAAACGUCAGAAAUGAGCGUUUAUGUAUAUUGUCAGAUACGCGAUAUAUAUUCGCGUGAUCUUUAAUGUUACUCCGUGUAUUGCGUAUCAUUUCUUGCGCUGUAUUCUCUACAUAUCGUGAACGUGUGUAUGCACCACCGUGUUGCCGUUGUUUCUUGUAUGGGAAUCACAUUUAUUACCGAUCACGUAUACACAUAUUUUCACUCGCAUUACGUGCGUGUGUAUAGACAUGUUUGUGCGGUGUAAUGUGCAUGUGUACUAAAAGUCGCUUGCAAUCCAGUCGAGAACGGAAUCAAGGGAGCGCCUUUCUGUGUGCUCAUCGUGAACGGAAAACCAUACGAAUAUUAUUGUGAUCGCUCGCGUAUGAUGCGAGUUUCUAGAAGAUUUGCGUGUAUUUUGUGCGUGACAAUAUAUGUUUUCUCUGACAAGUAAAAUUGUGGUUUUAUUAGUAUACUACGUCACAUCGGUUUCUAUGUGUGUCUAUCUGUUACCGCAAACUGCGUAUUGCAUGUUUGAUGGAAAUCAUUGACCUCGCGAGCAGUUGACCGAGUUUUACGUUCGUGGAUUAAGAAAAAGAAUUAUAGUUUUGUUUAAAUUGAAAAUUUUCUUUUUGGAAAAUUCAAAAUUUUAUAUUUUAUUUUGGAAUAGUUCUCCCUGUUCCAUUUGAAUUCCAUUUAAAUCACUAUAAUAAAAUUCGUUGUAUAUAUUCGAAAUAUCGCAACAUCUAGAUCCAUUUUUUCAGCCAUUUGGUAUAUGGCUCUCGGUAAGAUCUACGCGUUCAAGGUCGGUGCACAAAACAAGUAGCCGGCACGUAAAGUGGUCGCAUGCACAUGCACGCUGUACACGAUACGCGAUACUCGUUUCCUGACCAAAAAUAAUAGUUCGUCGAGCGCGCACAAGUCGAACCGGCCGCUGAUCGAGGUCAGGUUCUUUUGCAUUCGUUUAUUCGUUCAUUCGCUUGUUCAGUUGCUCGCGUCCACGAUAAAUUACCGGCGACACGCGUAAUCUCGACCUUUUCGACUCGCCUAGUGACUGUACUAUAGUGUUCUUUUCAAUUGUACCGUUCGCGCUUACUUGCUCUCUUGCGCGCGCUGUUUUCUGUCCUUGUCGUGUAUGUAUUCGUGAAUACGCUUUCGGUUCGCUCGCACGCGACUCCGUGUAUGGAAGUGUGGAGCAGCGGUGCGUCGUAUUUUCUUGCCUCGCAUAUAUUCUAUCGGUUGUUAAUUUUUUUAUUUCACGUGAUUUGGUGUGAUCGUAGUGAAUGUUGUGAAACAAAGGUGAAGAAAGAAGAGAACCGACGAAGGUAGAAAGAGAAAGAAAAAAAGGACAAUAACGCUACAGAAGUAAAGUGAAACGAUAUUGAGCGGGAAAAGCAAACACAUAGAAAGAGAAAAAAGCAAACUGGCGUGUGAGUAGAAGGGCAAGUUGGAACUUGGAGUAAGAUAAAGACAGACGCGAACGAGGUAGAUCGAAAGUCGUCGAACGGUGAAAACACGGCUACGAAAGGAAAUUAAUACUACGAAACAGUUGACGGGAUAUAUCUAGUAGAAAAAAAAAAGACGGUUCUUGAUGCAUAACGCGGUUGGAAAGGCCUGGCCAUCGAUUUGCCGUCCGUGAAUCUAGUGCGCGUUUGAAAUCGGGCUAGUCUCGCGCGCGCGUGUGUGUUACGUGCACCUAAGCGAACGCAGCCAGCGAGGCGCGCGGACGGACGAGAAAAGGAGGAAGAGGUGGCGGUGGUGGAAGAGGGGGCGGAGAAGGAGAGGCGGUUGAACAGGCGGGCGGAGAGAAAAGUUCGAGAAGCGGCAACACCAGUGCCAGCCAACAUCAACAACAUCAACAACAACAACAAUACAGAUCGCCGCGGUGUAUACAGGGCUGUUGCUCGUGGUGUGCGUUCUGAACGUUUAUCGCGUUGUGUGUCGCCGCGCGCGGUGUCAUCGGUGUGUGUGCCGGGAUUGCAGGGAAAGAGGUAGUGAACCGAAGCCGCCAGAAUUACGCCAAACCGGGGAAAUAUGAGCAUUGCUGCCCUACUACAGGCCGCCGAGUAUAUUGAACGAAGGGAAAGAGAAGCUGAACAUGGCUACGCUUCGACGAUGCCGAUGCCCGAUGAUAUGCGGACGGUCACAAAAAGGCCAAAGACGAAAAAAUCCCAGGGCAGCAGGACAACUCAUAACGAGCUGGAGAAAAAUAGGAGAGCUCACCUCAGAAAUUGCCUUGAAAAGUUGAAGGUAUUGGUUCCGUUAGGUCCGGAAACCUCAAGACAUACCACGUUGGGCCUCUUGACUAAGGCCAAGCGUUUUAUCAAGAGCCUGGAGGAGCGCGAGCGCAAGCACGCCGUGCACAAGGAACAGCUGUCCCGCGAGCAGAGGUUCCUGAGACGACGGCUGGAGCAGCUGACGAACCAGACGGGCCUGCACGGCCUCCACGGCCUCCACGGCCUCCACGGGCUGAGCUCGAGCGCCCCGACCGGUUCCUCUUGCGGCCCUGGAGCCGCGGCCGCUGCGGCUCUCCUCUCGAAACGGCGCAGCGUUUCCGAGUGCUCGCUCGGCACGGCCUCGUCAACCAGCUCCACGGCCAGCUCCAGGAACUCCGACAGGUCUGCGGGCAGUCCCUCCGUCUCGGAGUCCGCUUUCUAUGAAGUAGAUGUAAUCGGUUACACGAGCAAUCAAUCGGACACCGAUGAUCACAGCAGCGUGCAAAGCAGCAGCGACAGUGGCGUCACAAUGUCCACCUCCAGGCUGACCCUUUCCGAAAUGAUGGACAAUCUUUAGACAAAGAGGUGGCGCGGUGGCGGCGGAAGAGGAACGUGGAGGGGGAGCAUUUGAAGGUGAGGGGGAGGAGGAAGCGGCGGGGAAAGAUUGGGAUGCUGGACGAGAGGGACGCACGAGGGGCGAGGAAGAGGCAGCGGGGAGAGCAAUCCGAGGUAUCAGCUACGAGCGUACGUGCACGCACCACCCCCUUGGUCCACCUCGCGAAGGGACGCGCGGGACGCGCGCCGCGACGCUCUUCGCCAAGGAUGAGACGUUGUUGAAGAGGCGUGUACGCGCGUACAUCCGUGGCUAACUUGGAUGGUGUUUGAAGAAGAGGGGGAUGGAUGAAGUAGCGAGGGGAACGACGACUUCGAACAACCG